AGAUCAAGAAGAGACACUGAGAUUCAUAUGCCCACUCUUCCUGCUCCAAAUCGAAAGGGAGGGAAGGGUUUGGGGAAGGGAGGAGCAAAGAGGCAUUGCAAGGUCCUGCGCGAUAACAUUCAGGGAAUAACGAAGCCCGCAAUUCGAAGGUUGGCUAGGAGAGGUGGUGUGAAGAGGAUCAGUGGUUUGAUCUACGAGGAGACCAGAGGGGUUCUCAAGAUCUUCCUGGAGAACGUGAUUCGUGAUGCGGUGACUUACACGGAGCAUGCGAGGAGGAAGACUGUCACGGCCAUGGAUGUGGUUUACGCGCUCAAGAGACAGGGUAGAACCCUAUAUGGAUUUGGAGGCUGA